AUGUGACCAUGCAGCAGGCGCACAAAGCGCCGCUUUAUAACCGCCCCUCUCCCAAACCAGCGCACAGCCAGCCUGGUUGACACUCACGGUGUCUGUCUGGAUGCUAUUCACCUGCAGUCAUCCCCAUAACAGCUACUACUGCUAAUCAACUCUUACUUUUAGGCUUUUUCCCGGACUUUACACUUCUUAUUCCUGCGACAUGGACCACUGCGGGAUAGCAAACAAAUAAGAUGUUCCCUCACCUGCAUCUGAUGCUGUUACGCAACACGCCUCUUCACCGAGCAUCUCUGCAACCCUGAAGCUGGCUGCACACAGGAUGGCAGGCACAGCCAUGAACACGCUCACAACAGGUGUGCAGUAUCUGGGCUCCAACGAUGCCAGCUACGACGACCCCUCUGUCGACUCCAGGCUCGUGAAGGAUGGGUUUGGCUUUCAGAAUCCUCACGCUGCCUCUAUUGGCAGUUCCUUCCCUGAGCUCAUCCUGGGAAAUAAAGAGGUAAUUUACACCGCCCUGUCUCCAGCUUUCCCCACCAACAUGUCAGACUUUAUUCUGGGAAAUGUCACCGCUGUGGAGAGGGUGAAUGGUCCACAGUGUGUGGAGAACUUUGCAGAUGAUCUGGAGUGCUUUAUGAUCCUUACCCCUAGUCAGCAGCUUGCAGUUGCUAUCUUAGCACUCACUCUGGGUACUUUCACUGUGCUGGAGAACUUCAUGGUGCUGUGUGUGAUCUUGCACUCCCAGACGCUUCGAUCUCGGCCUUCUUACCACUUCAUCGGCAGCCUGGCUGUGGCUGACCUGAUCGGAAGCAUCAUAUUUGUUUACAGCUUCUUGGACUUUCAUGUUCUCCACAGGAAGGACAGCCCCAACAUCUUCCUCUUCAAGCUGGCUGGAGUCAUUGCCUCCUUCACUGCCUCUGUGGGCAGUCUGUUUCUCACUGCAAUUGACCGCUACAUCUCCAUCCACAGGCCUGUGGCGUACAAGCGCAUCGUCACAAAGACGAAGGCGGUGAUUGCCUUCAGCCUGAUGUGGACCAUCUCCAUCGUCAUCUCGCUGCUGCCGCUGCUCGGCUGGAACUGCAGACGUCUGGGCUCGGUCUGCUCGGAUAUCUUCCCUCUAAUUGAUCGGAGGUACCUCAUGUUCUGGAUCGGAAUAACGAGCAUCCUGGUGUUGUUCAUCAUCUACGCCUACAUGUUCAUCCUCUGGAAAUCCCACCACCACGCCGUCCGCAUGCUGAGACGCAGCUCCCAGAGGAGUGUGAUUGUCUACACUGCAGAAGGGGCCAAAGUGCAGACUGUGAGACCUGAGCAGGCCAGGAUGGACCUCCGCUUGGCUAAAACCCUCGUCAUGAUCCUGGUGGCCCUCAUCAUCUGCUGGGGCCCGCUCCUAGCCAUCAUGGUGUACGACCUCUUCGGGAAGGUGAACGACUUCAUUAAGACCGUGUUCGCCUUCUGUAGCAUGCUCUGUCUGCUCAACUCCACUGUGAACCCUGUGAUCUACGCCAUGAGGAGCAAGGACCUGCGCAGGGCCUUCCGCAGCAUCUGCCACAUGUGGCGCGGAGGCUCCCAGGCCCUGGACAGCAGCGCUGAGAGUGACUGGCACAGCAGGAGUGUGAGGGCUGCUGUAGCAGCAGCAGCAGCAACAGGCGGGGCGGGGAAAAAUGGUGGCAGACGUGGGAAAAAGCCAGUGAAAGUAGCUCAGGUUAGAGUUUCUGGAGGGACGGAGUCUUCUACAGCAGAGCCCGUAUGAAGCCAAGGCUGCAUCUGUACAAAUGUGAAACAAAUAGUGUUGUAUAGUCUCUGACCCGUUAGCUUUGUUACUGCAAAAUGUGCCAAAAUAACAUUGGAACAAAAAAUGACCACAUAAUUUAAUCUUGAUAAUUAGCAUUUUUCUGUUGAAGGAGGAUCUAUGAAUGCUUUGUUGCCUUUGCUCCAUUUUAAAAGUGAACAGAAUGUUGGCUCAUUAUCCUCCUUUAGUGAUGUGUUGUAUUUCUUUCUUUUAAUAUGUUUUCUUUUUAUUAACAUGUGAUCUGAUGUGAAAUGUUUUUUUUUUUUCUUUUUUUUUUUUCAAAUAAACACUAUUUUAUUUAUUUAUUUAUUUAUUUUCUUGAUAAUGAUUUAGUAUAUAUUUUUAAAAGGUUUUAAUCUUGUAAUGCAUUAUUCUAUUGUGUCACUUUGUCAUGUAACAGUAUUUGCAAGCGAGGUAGUAUUCGGUAAAGUGUGAAUUAUAUCGAUUUUUGUUAAAACGUUGGGUGUCCUUUUAAAAUAAACUGAAUAUCACCUUCUGUUGAUGUCUUGUCAGUUCAAUGCUUUCAUUGCUUGGCCUCACUGUGUUUUGUAACCUUUCAGGUGGGUGUGGCCCACAGUUUACAAACUGCAGAGCCUUUCUUUAUCAGGUUGAGAGUAAAAGUGAGUCCUAAUUCAGUUCAGUUUAUUUGUAUGGCGUCAAUCGUGUCAAGGCACUUUACAAAAAAAAUCUAUUUUAAU